AAAACAAUUGUUAUUCCCUCGCUAAAGCUCAGCAUUUCCCUCCUCCAUUUUCCCAUUUCCCCCCAAACCUCUCCGGCAGCACCUCCUCGUCUGCGGCCACCGUGCUCCGAUCGGAGCGAGCGUCUCAGUCGCGGCGCUUUCUGAUCGCUCUUGAUUAUAUCAACGGCGAAAGGUAUUUGUUGUUGAGAAUUGUUGCUAUGGAUGCUGAGGCUAACGGCAAUGUGUCAAGCAUGGGGGAAAAGCUUGAAAAUUUGAAUCUUGGUAAUCGUGUUACCAUGGAUGAAGCUGCUGGUGAGAUGCUUCAAUUGGCCAAAAAGCCAGCUGAUUCCAUAGUUCCCCCAACUCCUGAUCUCAAGCAGGAGACUGGGGAGUAUGCAGUUGAUUUUAUUUCCCCAAUUUCUUGCCUUCCCAAGGCUAUUUGCUUCAGUUCUCAGGAUGGCAUCAUUUCCUCAAAUGGCGAUGACAGUCCUCGCACUCCAAAAGAGAGUGUGUUUGAUCCUUUUGCUCCUGGACCCGAAGAGCUUCUGCUAGCGCCUCUUUGUCUGAAAAAGAGUGCAGGUGUUGCCCGUAUGCUGAAUUUCGAAGAGUGUGGUCGUGUGCUGAAUUUCGAAGAGUGUGGUCGUGUGCUGAAUUUCGAUGCGUGUAGUGAGAAUGAUUCUACUGUGAAUGCUAUGACCAAUGAUGAACAGCUGUUGGGAAAAUUGUCCAGAAUGCUCCUGCAAAUUGUUGUUUCGAAACAUACUGAAGAGUUUCUUGCUGGGAUCCCGAAUCAAGUUUCUGAUGGCGGUAGAACGCCUACUUCUCCACCGCUCUUAACUGGAAUUGCUGAAACUUGUCCAGCUGCUCCCAAGAAGACUGAAAGGAAAUUCAUAAGCAUUGACAAGGACUUGUGCAAAAAGCUUGACUUUUGAUUGCACCAUGAACAUGAUGAAGAUGAUGAAUGCAUGCGUUCUCUGCAAUAAAUUGAGUUGCAUAUACUUGACUCAAUCCAGUCCCCGACUAUAGUAGAUUCAUAUAUUUUCAAGUCAUACAGCGUUAACUUAUUUAGCUUUUAUCCUUCAUAUAAUAUACUAGUGCAUAUUUGAUGGCAUCUGGCAUCUGUACAAUGUAACUUGGGAUUGCAUUCAUCUGUUUUUGAGAAAAAGAAUGAUAUUGCUGGUGAA